AUGUCUACUCGAAGAGCUUAUGCUAGAAAGAAUGUGAUGGAGAAUGUGGAACAAGAAGCUCCUCCCCAAGCUCCUCAAGUUCUGGUCGAUCUUUUGGCCGAACAAGUGACUAGUGCAAAGUUUAGGGCUGCUUUUCAAGUGUUGGCUCAAGCCGUGACGACCCAAUCCAAUAGGGAAGUCAAGGUUCUUGUGAACCCAAAUGUGGAGGAGAAACUUAAGGAGAAGUCUAGAAAGGUAGAAAGGGCUAAGACUGGUGAUGGUAAUUUCUCUCAAGUAAGGUCCGAUGGACAUAGUCGUCCUAGAUUUCGACAAAGGUUUUCCAGUCAAAGUUCCUCCAAUCCUCCUCCUAAGUUCAACAAAGAUAGGAUGUUUAACCCUAAUCCUAAAGGAGGUAAUGAUAGAGGAUCUACAUUGCCCAUCUCUACUUGUACUAGGUGUGGAAAGAAGCACGAUGGUAACUGCCUAGAUGCCACAGAUGGUUGCUUCAGUUGUGGUAAGAGUGGUCAUAAAAUGAGGGAUUUUCCCAUGCCUGCGACUAAGGGAAGAGAGGGCAAUGAAGCUCCUCCUAAUAGUUCAGGUUCCAAUGCUCCUAAGCACAACCAAUUCUAUGCACUUUAG